AUUCGGCUGAGCCAACCAACCCUUCAAAGAUUACUUCUUAAACAGUACUAUAAAAAAUUGGACUAACAAAUAUUAUUAAGUGCUAAGCCUGUGAAUCAUAAACAUUUUUAAAAUGCAUACUUUAGGAGUUCUAUUAUAUAAUGUACUAAUAAUCGCUUUUAUAGCUGCUGCCAAAACUCACACCGAUUACUGCAAACUCGGCUGUGCGUUGCCCAACACGGAGCAUGCCGUUUGCGCCAAUAAAGUUAAGCAACUCAUUGAGAACUGCCCAUCGGAUACUAAGAUCAUCUCGUUAAACGAUAUGCAGUCUGUCAUAUUAAAGUUGCACAAUGAACGACGUGAAUUUGUGGCAAGCGGCAAAGAUGAAACGCUACCGCCCGCUGCACGUAUGGGUGAGCUAUUUUGGGAUGAGGAAUUGGCCAACUUAGCUGAAUAUAGUGUAAGACGUUGUCUCAUAAGCGAUCCGCAUUGCUACACUACGCCAACAUUACGCAAUCCGGGACGUAGUGCGAAUAUUUACAAGUACGAGAAAACAGAAGUCAAAUUCGAGGAGUUAGUGCCGUCACGCGUAGUUGAGUGGCUGGACACAUCGAAAGUGUGUACGCCAGAAAUAGUUGCGAAAUUUCCAGAGGAUCCACAAGGACAUGUCGACUUCUUCGCUCGUGCCAUAACGGAUAGCAAUAACCAAGUUGGUUGUGCCGCAUCGGAAUGGGUGAAGGAAUCAAAUAAAUAUUUUCUCUUAGUGUGUCUCUAUACAAAUGACGUGCAAGCGGGUGAAAGUUUAUAUAAAUUAGGACGACCUGCCUCGAACUGCUUAUCGGGGUCGAGUAGUCAGUAUAAAAAUUUAUGCAGUGGCAAAGAAAUCUACAAGACUGAUAGUUCAAUGCACGAACGUAGAAGGGUUUCCGGCUCUAAUUCGUAUCGCAAAUAUGGUACAGAUUACAAGGCACCUGAAGGCAGUCUUUGGCAGCUAGUGAUGUGA